UUCUUACUGUUUUCUUACUCUUUUUCUUCAUACAAAAAUCACUUUUUUUUUUUCAAGUUAGAAACUUGUUGUGAGAUUUGAGUUGGGUUUUUCAUGAAUCUGAAAACCCAGUAAGGAUUUUUUGUAAUUUUGAUUGCAUUAGUGUUUUUCUUAAAAAAAUUUUUUUGUCUCAAGAAACCCUUCAAAUUACAGAGGGUUUCUUCUUUCUUUUUUCUUUUGUGUGAUUUGAAUUGCUCCUACUUCUGUCAUCUGGAUGUAAAAUAAGGUAUCUUUUCCCAUAUUCUUGACCUUUUUUCUUUGGAAAGAUAUAUGGUAAUUUGAGUUGAGUUUACUCUUUUUUAUUGUUGUUUGAUAUAGUAAAGUUAGAAAUAAUCCCUGAUAUAUAUAUACAUAUAGAUAAUAUAUAUAUAUAUACCGAUGUUUCAAGAUGAUGGGUCAUCAUCAGUGACAUCAACACCAACACUAGUCCAAAUGUUUCCAUCUGGAAUGGGAUCACAAUCACCAUAUCCAUGGCUUAAAGAGCUUAAAUCAGAAGAAAGGGGUUUAUGCUUAAUACAUCUAUUACUAACUUGUGCAAAACAUGUAGCUUCGGGAAAUUUUGAACAUGCCAAUAUUGCCCUUGACCAAAUUUCACAUCUAUCUUCGCCCGAAGGCGAUACAAUGCAACGAAUCGCUUCGUAUUUUGCUGAAGCACUUGCUAACAGAAUCCUUAAAACAUGGCCUGGGAUAUAUAAAGCUUUACAUUCCACUAAGAUAUCGUUUCCUUCGGAUAACAUUUUAGUUAAAAAGAUGUUUUUUGAGUACUUUCCUUAUUUGAAAAUUGCGUUUGUUAUCACGAAUCAAGUUAUAAUUGAAGCCAUGGAAGGGGAAAAGAUAGUUCAUGUAGUUGAUCUUAAUGCGGCUGAGCCUACUCAGUGGCGUUCACUCAUUCGUGAUCUGAGUGCACGCCCUGAAGGCCCGCCGCAUUUAAGGAUUACGGGUGUUCAUCCACAAAAAGAGGUUUUAGAUCAAAUGGCUCGAGUUUUGAUUGAAGAGGCUGAGAAAUUAGAUAUCCCUUUUCAGUUUAAUCCCAUUGUUAGUAAGAUAGAAAAUCUUGAUAUAGAAAAGCUGAAUGUCAAAACAGGGGAGGCUUUAGCUAUUAGCUCGGUCUUACAAUUUCAUUCAUUGUUGGCACCUGAUGAUGAAGUCGUUAAGUCGAAAAAUGGGGUUCAUUUUAAUGGUGGGUUUAGUGCUUGUCAAGAUACCGCCUCGUCUUCACCUUUAUCUAGUACUCAGACUUCAACAAAAAUAGACGGAUUUCUUAACGCCUUGAGGGGUUUGUCACCAAAAGUGAUGGUUGUAGCAGAACAAGAUUCUAAUCACAACAAUUCCGCUCUAAUGGAAAGACUUUCGGAAUCUUUAUACUUUUAUGCUGCAUUGUUUGACUGUCUAGAAUCCACAUUACCAAGAACUUCAAUGGAAAGAAUGAAGGUGGAAAAGAUGUUAUUUGGAGAAGAGAUCAAGAACAUUAUCUCGUGUGAAGGUAGUGAAAGAAAGGAGAGACAUGAAAAACUCGAAAAAUGGGUUCAAAGACUUGAUUUGGCUGGAUUCAGGUGCGUGCCUUUGAGCUAUUAUGCUCUUUUGCAGGCGCGCAGAUUGCUUCAAGGAUAUAGUUGUGAUGGGUGUCGGAUUAAAGAAGAAAACGGGUGUGUGGUUAUGUGUUGGCAAGAUCGGCCCCUUUUUUCAGUUUCCGCGUGGAAGACAUGUCGAAGGUGAAAAGAUGUUCGAGCAUGUUUCAUGCUAAUGUUUUUAGGUUUUGCGUUUAUUAGUCUUUAAAUUUGUGCACGAAUCAUCUCCCUUUAGAUAUGCAUAGUUUUUGGUUUGCAUGUAGUUUGAUUAAAUAACAUAAUCAAUGCCUUCUUCUCUCUAA